AUGGCAGACGAAUGGCCGACAGCUGCAUCGGAAUACAAGAUUAUUGAACAAAUUGGUCAAGGUGCUUUUGCAAAAGUAUGGAAGGCAUAUUGUGCCCCCAAGAAGAUUCACGUGGCUAUCAAGAUUAUGGACUUGGAAAAGAUUACAACAAGUUUUGAAGAUAUUCGAGCGGAAGUUCAGACGAUGAAGAUGACAAAUCAUCCGAAUGUUUUGAAAUGUUAUUGUAGUUUUGUACACAAGGACCAAUUGUGGCUUGUGACACAGCUUAUGAACAAAGGCUCGUGUCUCCACGUGAUGAAUCUCUUUAAAAAGAAGGGAUUGGGUGAAGGACUUAAGGAAGAUUUUGUGGCUGUCGUCCUACACGAGACACUCAAGGGACUACAAUACUUUCAUGAAAAUGGACAGAUUCAUCGAGACAUUAAGGCUGGUAACAUCCUAUUGGACAGUGAAGGACAUGUCGUCAUUGCUGAUUUUGGGGUCUCGGGAUGGAUGAUGGAAGGAGGUGAUCGUCGAAAGAACCGACAGACUUUUGUUGGUACGCCUUGCUGGAUGGCUCCUGAAGUCAUGGAACAAGUACGUGGCUACGACUACAAGGCUGACAUUUGGUCGCUUGGGAUUACUGCUUUGGAGCUCGCCAAGGGGUAUGCCCCCUAUGCGCGCUUUCAACCCAUGAAAGUGCUGCUGCUUACUCUGCAGGAGGACCCGCCGUCGCUCCGCACGUAUGAUGAUGAUGGCAGCGGUCACCAGUUUGGACGACACUUUAAAGAUGUGGUCAAGCUCUGUUUGCAGAAGGACCCAUCCAAGCGCCCUGGUACGUCGGCGCUCUUGAAGCACAGUUUCUUCAAGAAAGCAGGAGAUACAACAUAUCUUGCGCGAAACCUCCUUAACAACAUCGAAGACAUCGGAGAAAGUUGCAUGACGGCCGGUAUUGCAGAUGCAUUGCCUGGCGCUGGACCGCUAUAUGCGAAGGGAAUGAAAAGACCUCCGGGAUCGGAAGCGGAAGGAUCAAAAUACGUGCCUGGGACGACUUGGGUUUUCGAUGACGAAGAGGAUGAUUCGUCCAAGAUGUCGAUGGACGAUUUCGCCAGCCAGUUUGAUAUGGUGACAGGCGGCGAGGAAUUCCGCUCCAAGUAA